AUGUUUUUUGCAUAUUUAUUAGGAAGAGAACUACAACUUAUUACAAUAAAAUUAUUCUUUGAAAUUUGUAGUGUUCAACCUUUGUCACAAACUGAAUUAGUUACAUCAGUAGAAGCUCAAGUUCAAGAAAUUAGUGGGGAACUUUUUGUUAUCAAUUUGACAGAAGAGGAGGAAAGUGAAGAAGGUAUUGUGGUUGAAUGGCUGUUAGGAACCUGCCUUACUUAUAAAAGUGUUAGAAAUCUCGUAAUUCAAAAUGAAAAAAAGGAGGAUAAUGAUGUUUUAUUUGUUGAAUCACGGGAAAUCGACUACAUAGAUAACGUUACCGCCGGUAACAACUUUGUACAAGUUGGAGCAUAA